AUGCCUGGCGGGUGCUGCAGAUGCGGUUUAGGGGGCGCGUCCUCUCCGGUUUCCCCGCUGCCGACGGGCAUGCUGAAACGAUGGUCGGAGGCCCAGGUCAGACUCCGCACCAGCAAGCGCUUCCAGCUCCUCGUGGCCGGCAUUACCAUUUUCGCUGUCUUCGCAGACAUCCUUGGCACUGCCAUCAUCAUGCCUGGUCUGGCCUCUGUGUGCACCUUUGCGGAGGGUGGCCCUGGACACUUCCUCGAGCAGCAGCUGGCGGCGGGCCUUCUGUCGCAAGAGGUCUAUGAGGCGCAGACGCAGCAGUACAUCUCCCCGCACGCCUUCAAGGGCGAACCGGGCUCCUGGUCGGGGGCGCCCCCCGUCCCCUACUCGCUGUCCAUGAACCUGGUGAUGUCCUUGGGCUUCUUGGGCUCGGCCCUGGGCUCCCUCUUCUUCGGCUGGCUUUGCGACAAGAUGGGCUGCAAGAUCCCCAUGCAGAUCUGCCUGGGCAUGGGCAUCCUCGGCUACGUCAUCAUCUACGCCUCGGCGAUCUGGGUUAAGUCCUACUACCUCUUCAUGCUCGGCAACGUGUGGAACAACUUCUUUGGGAACUGCAUGCAGAUUGCCUCGACGUACUUCGGGCAGCUCUUCGACGGUGCCGAGCGGGAUAACUACAACGCCAUGGUGCUCGGUAUGGGCCUCAUCGGCGGGACGGUGGGCGCCUUCAUCGUGAUGCCCUUCUCCAACAACCCUAGCAACGGGGCGAACUACUUCGAGUCCAUCUGGUUGGCUGCUGGCAUCACGGGCAUAGCGCUGCUGGCUGUGACCCUGGUGCUGGUGCCACCCGACGAGAAGAGGCGAGAGGUGUCUUCAGAAGAGGAGGCAGACCCGGCCCUACACGCCACGCCGCGACUGGCCUACAGGAUCCUCCUGCUGACAGUGGUGGCAUCCGCUCUGGACUCUGCGGGUGACGAGGGCACGCGCAUGGCCCGCGGGACGAUUCUAACCAGGCUUUUUCCAGACUGGCAGACGGCCGAGCGCCAGAACUACCUGCUCAUGGGCCUCCUGAUCAUGGUCAUCUUCUCCUUGCUGAUCCUCCAGGUGCUCCAGCGCUGCAUGAACCUCGCAGCGGUGGCGGUGAUCGGCUGCGUCUUCACGCUCGCCACACAGCUGGUGCUGAUCCUGGAGCUGGACGUCUGGGGGUUCCUGGCGGUCUGGUACGCCGGGAAGCUGUUUGGCUUCCUCUCCACCUUGGCCUCGGGACUCAUUAUCACGGAGAUCGCUCCCAAGGCCCAGCUCGGCCGUUGGAGCGGCAUCAACGAGGCCUGCUCCAACAUCUCGAUGGCCAUCGCGCCCCUGGUCUUCGCGACGGUCUACGACGAGGUGGGCAACAUUCGCGGCCAGGAGAUGCUGGUCUGCACCUCAGUGAUCUCCCUCUUCGCCCUUCUCGCCUAUGCCCCACUAGUGUCCAUGAUGCCCAAACGCUCCAAGGAAGAGCCCCUGGAGCUCAAGGAGAUGUCUUACUACGAGGGCCUCUCCGACAAGGAGUUCAGCCUCCUUCCGAUGGAGAUUGUGGAGGAGGUCUCCAGCAAGAUGAUCGAGGCCGGCAAAGCACCCCGUGUGGUUCACUGGGGCAGCUACUCCGCAGAGCGGACGAUGCUGCCUGAGUUCCAGGCACGGGCCGUCAAGGAUUUCGAGUACUACUCGAGGGAGUGUGUGCGCAUGCUCUCGAACCGGGAGUUGCUCGCCAAGGAGCAGAAAGAGAUGGCCACGUUCAUAGCGACCACUGGCCAGGUGGAUCGUGAAAGGGCGCAGAAGGAGAUGGGCGCCUGGCUUGCCGAUUACCUGGACGAUGCGGGCUACAUCAGCUGGGAAACGCAAUCGUCGAUCUACAAGGCCAUGAUCAUGACGGCCUUUCCGCCGAUCGAUCCCCUGGAUGGCGUCAAGCCGGAGUUCCACAACAUGUGGGCUGGGCCCCUGGAGGCCCCUUGGGACAAAUGUCCCCAAACCGCCGACAGCUCCUUCCCGCCUUUCCAGGCUCGACAUGCUGCCUUCUGGCCCCAGAUGACCUCCGAUUUCCUAGUGUCCCAAUCAGCCACUGUCCCCAAAUGA